AUUGUUCUGUUUGCCUAAAAGCUCCAUUCCAUUUCCUCAUGAAUCAACUUAUAAAGGGCUCAGUUCAGGACUGGAGACUCACAACUCGCAACCAUGAUGCAGGCUGGUUCCUUAGUCUUCUCCAUCCUCAUUGUAGGAGUCUUCCUCACAUUAUGUUCUGACCUGCUGGGCAUUCCUGGACAGGCCGAGGGUGGCACGAGCUCCAAACAGCCUGCAAAAUGCCAACUGUCUGUAGAUCCUGGAACAGGCAAUAAAAAACUAACGGUUUACUACUACAACAUAAAAACAAAGAAGUGUGAGACGUUCAUUUAUCGUGGUUCUGGAGGCAAUGAAAAUAGAUUCCAAAAGAAAAAGAAUUGUGUCAUCGAAUGUCAACUCGGAGUAAAACCACUACCAUCAUAAUGCAGACCAUAGACUGGAACAUUCAGAGAUCUGUUACCACGCCACUUGUUCUUUUAGAAUGAAAGCACUUGGGAAAAGUCAGAAGUCUAUUGAACCAACAUUGCAUGCUCUUCAAUAAACUCUUUCUGCAUCUCA